GGACCGCCUAAUUAUAGAGUCCGAGCGCGGAGGCCAUCGACGGACGUGAUGAUGGAGCCGACGAUGCAAGACUACCUCAAGCGCUACGACGAGCAGCAGAAGGCCCGCGCGGAAGCAGGUCGACGGGACAUGGACCUCGGCGACGAAGACCAUGCGAAGAAUGGCGGUCCUUCCAAGUACACGGACAUGUUCUUUGGAAGCGACAGCGACGGCGAGCUCUCGCAGUCGAACCUCCUCGGCGAGAUGUCCCGGGACUUCAUGGCGUCGACCGAUGGCAAGAACAUGAUGGACGAUACGAACUUUAUGAGCAGCCUCCUCGGCAGCCCCGUGACGACGAAGCCGUCGCCGCUGAUGGACCCACCAGCGCUACCGACGAAGGAGCAGCGGGAUUCGCUCGAGUCGCUCUUUGCGCCGCAAACCAACCUCGCGAGCCAAGCAAACCACAUUAACUUUGACAAGGACCCGAUCAACCUUGACACGGAGAGCUUCGUCGACGCAGCCACGUUCUUGAACCGACAAGAAGCGCUCAUGAAGCCACAGACGACGCGACCAGAAGCUGGAUCGGACAACACGACGUGGACGAGCUCGGGGUUUCGGUCACCAGACGACUUUUUCGCCGAGCGGUCGCGCGACCUGAGCAACGUCGAAUUUGGUGACACCGCGAUCCCGAGAAAGAGCUCGUUGAGUGGUCUCCCAGACGCCACAACUGCUGCGCCACAGCAUACGAAGGAGGCGCUCUCAUACAUGGACUUCAGCGCACCCCCGACGUCGACAACACACAAGGUGUUUUUGACUGCGACGCCGUCAAGCGUCUUGCAGCACGAAAAGCCUCCUGUUACGACGACCACAUACUCACGAAGCUCCUUUUCGACGCAGCCAACCACGCCCAGCGCCAAGCACAUUGUGCAGCCCACUCACUCAACACCACGACCACAACAAGUGUCUUCGCCCAUGUAUCGCGGGUCCUCGUGGACGCCAACCCCUAGCACCGACAUGAGCCAGCCUUCGGUCGGCCUUUCGGCGCCGUUUAUGGACUUGUCCAUCUCGCAGUCGACGCCUGUCAAGGACCUCGUGCCCCGGCGCCAAACGCCUCCGGUCGAGACACAGCAGCCAUUGUCCAUCUCGACGUACUUGCAGAACUCGCUCGCCAACUACGCCAACCGCCCGAAUGUGUCGAGCGUGCCUGUCAACAUUGACGACGAACCGUUCAAGGUUGUUUCAGACGCGGUGCAAGCGGCCAUGUCCCUCACGGCCAAGGAGCGCGAAGCAGCGCAGUGGCACGAACCGAUUCAUCCAUCGCACGUGAUCCACUCGUCGCUCGAUGCCGUAGCCGCGGUGCAAGCCAUGAUUGAAGCGACGGGACAUAUGCAAGCCUCGGUAUCCGAGGUCAUGCGACUGCGAGCGCACGCCAAGCAAGCCAUCGAGGCAGCUGUGGUCUCGGAGGCCAUGGCGAUCGCCGACUACCAAAAACAGCGCUGGUCUGAGCCACCUCGUCUGCGCGCCGGGUCGCAGCAGUUUGAGAGAAGAGCGAUUGACAACAUCACGGCAGAGCUUACGUCGGUGGUGCAAGAACCCACUCAACCCGUGCUGCCACCGCCUCGCCGCAGCUCACGAGCGUCGAUCAUUUCGUCGCAGUCGAGCCGAGCCGUGACGGGCGGCAAGGCGCAGCGCACGCUGGACAUGUCGCAGCGCCAGGAGCGGGCGCCGCCGGCACAUCGCGACGUGCCGUUCUCGGCCAAACAGGCGGCAUCUCGGACCGAUAACGUCAUUGCCAAGUGCGCUGAACCUACACACAACCCCGAUGGUCUUUCGCCAAGCUCGAUGCGAGCCCGCGAUUCCAAGCUGACGCGCGAGUUUGGCCUGUCCCCAAUCCGGUUUGAGCCCAGUAGCAUGUCGGUCGACGAGCCCAUGACACCGCGUCCCACGUCCGACCACGAUGUGGAUCCGGCGGACCGCACAAUGUCGGAAGCUGACCGGCGUCAAAUGCACGCGCUGCUCGCGACGAAGAGCCCGAUCGAAGGCGCCGGUCGCGGUCACCAGUCGACAGCUACUCCGAUGCGAAGCUACAAGCGUGAUUCAACGCUGCGGGCCAGUCACAGCGUGCCGCAGGACGCCGCAAAGCCCAACUUGCGAAUCGACACGAGUGUUGCCCGUGCGGCGUUUCCUGAGAAAUCAAAGUCGGAUAAGCCGCCGUCGACCAAGAUGCAUCGCGACGACUUGCGAACGGCGUUCACGGACCUUCAGCACCACGAAGCGUCGACGCCGUCAGAGCGCUACUCGAUCCAGCAGCACGCUGGGGACAAGAAUACCAUGAUGAACGAUGCGCAAACGGACGAACUUGCGUAUAAGGAGGUGCCCAUGAGUCCGCCACCGACGCCAUACACCAAGGCACUCGAGCGGCCCAAGCUCUGCAAGCGCUUCCUGUGCACAUUAGGCGGCGAAAUCUCGGAAACUUUUGUGUUUCGCAACACGAGCGCAACUUACGCGCGUAUUUGCGCGUCGAUUGUACCGUUAAGCCGUGGCUGCAACCAAUUCCGUAUCGUGCCCACCGUGCUCGAGAUGCCACCCCACGCGUCGGACCACUUUGUUAUUCGGUUUGUGGCAACGCAAGUCGGCGCCGUCUCGGGCAUCUUUCAAUUUCGAAGCAUGAGCGGCGACCCGCGCGCGACACCGUACGAGAUUAUUGUGGACGCCCACGUCAAGAACCCAGCAACGCCCGUGCGCCAGCCGACGCCGCCGCGUAUCGUGCAAGAGGUGGCUGACGAGGACGCGCUCGAGGCCAACGGCAGCACGGUGGACGUGCAUCCAACGUUUCUUCGGCUCUUGGCGGCCAACGACGUCAAGUCGUUUGAGGUCAUCAACUUUUCCGACAAGGACGUGCCGUUCUCGAUCGCGUGCCCGUAUCCGCACAUUUCGCUGGCGCCGACCCAAGGGGUCGUUGGGCCCAAGAGCAAGUCGACCGUGACUGUCCACUGCAACGCGGCGACGUCAUCGGCGCUGCCGCCCAAUAAGAAGACGUGGUGCGGCUCGUUUACGAUUACGCUGAACAACGCCCUGACGCGCGAGAUCAGCGUCGUCGUGGACGCGUCCGCGCUGGCCCACGAGCCUCCGUCGUACCCCAAGUCGAGCCAAUUGAGUCAGAGCAGCGUCGCAUCGUCGACGCGAACCAAGAAGCGGUCCAAGCGCGGUCUCUUUUUCCAGGCCGAAAACAUGGACUGCGGCAGCGCAGCUCUGCACACGUCGCAGUGUGUUCCUGUGCGCAUCUGCAACGGCGCGAAGGAGCCCAUGACGGUGUUUGUUCAGACGCUCGGUCGUCCGUUUUCGUGUGCCUACUCGAGCCUCACGCUACGCCCUCGCUCGUACGUCGAAGUACCCGUCGUCUUUACGCCCGAAAAGCUCGGCGAUGCGUCGGUGCCCAUGGUUGUCUACUCGUCGACGGACAAGGCCAUCUUGAUGCUCCACGGCCGCGCGACGGCGUCGGCCUAGUCGUUAUCUAGUC